AGGUACCCCGACCAGCAUCUAAACACAGAGCUUCUUGUCUGUCUGCCCAGUUCUAGCAACCAACGAGCUAGUAGCUAGUAAGGUCGACGACGAUGGCGUCCCUGAUCGCCGGCUCGUCCAUCCGUGCACUGACGAUCAUGACCUUCUCCCUCCUCGUCUCGUACGGUUCGUGCGCUAGGUCGCCGCCGGUGAACUUUAACGCCUCCGCCCUCACCGCCGACCCCAACUGGGAGGCCGCCAGAGCCACCUGGUACGGCGCGCCCACCGGCGCCGGCCCCGACGACAACGGCGGCGCCUGCGGGUUCAAGAACGUGAACCUGCCGCCGUUCUCGGCCAUGACGUCGUGCGGCAACGAGCCGCUGUUCAAGGACGGCAAGGGCUGCGGCUCCUGCUACCAGAUAAGAUGUACCAACCACCCUGCGUGCUCCGGCAACCCGGAGACGGUGAUCAUCACCGACAUGAACUACUACCCCGUCGCCAAGUACCACUUCGACCUCAGCGGCACGGCCUUCGGCGCCAUGGCCAAGCCCGGCCGCAACGACGAGCUCCGCCACGCCGGCAUCAUCGACAUCCAGUUCAAGAGGGUGCCCUGCGACUACCCCGGGCAGAAGGUGACCUUCCACGUCGAGGAGGGCUCCAACCCCGUCUACUUCGCCGUGCUCGUCGAGUUCGAGGACGGCGACGGCGACGCGGUGCAGGUGGACCUCAUGGAGGCCGGCUCCGGGUCGUGGACGCCGAUGCGCGAGUCGUGGGGAUCCAUCUGGAGGCUGGACUCGAACCACCGGCUGCAGGCGCCCUUCUCGCUGCGCGUCACCAACGAGUCCGGCAAGCAGCUGGUGGCCAGCAACGUCAUCCCGGCCAACUGGGUGCCCAACACCUACUACCGCUCCAUCGUCCAGUUCUAGCAACCAACGACGAUCGUCUCUGCUGCUGCUGGGCACGGGAGUGGAUACGAUGAUAGUUCGAGAUCAUUAUUAGCACGGUACUGUAUCGUUUGCAUGGGAUUGAUGAUGUGCCUUCUUAAUUAGUAGUUAUUGAUUAAUUAGGUGUGGUGUUUGUGUGCGUGAGUGUGAGUGUGUCUCUGUGUCGGAGAUUUGACGACUGGGAAAUGGAGGAGGCAAAGUUUGCAUGUGUUCCCGCCCAUUGUCAAUGCUUUGUACCAGUGUGAUCGAGAAUAUAAAUUAUUAACAGUACUUUGUGUGUUAUUAUAUAG